AUGAAUACAAAUUCUACUGAUUUGAACGGCCAAAUUACCGCUGAAAUUUCAUCAAUACUUUUUCCUAAUGAAAAACAAAGUCAAGAAACAUUUGCCGAUUCAGUAAAUGCCCUUAAUACACGAUUAUUACACGAAUCAUCACAACAAGAACAAUCAAAAGAAAUUUGCAAACAAUCGAUCGAUUCUAAUCAUAUUCAUCGUUCAGCAGCUAUGUCAUCUCUUAACAAUGUUCUUAAUGAACUUAACAAACGUUGUAAUUUUCAUUUUAAUCAGCCUCUUCCUUUCGAAACAUUCGAAACAGAAAUACCAAUUGUAAGGAGUAGUUCAUUAGACAAUGAAGUUCAACGUGAUGAAGAACAUCAAACGAAUGAUCAUCAAAAUACUGAUCAAGAACAUAAAAUUACGACACUAAUUGAUUCUGAAAAUACAUUUCAAAUUAAAGAGAGUUCUGAGCUAAUCGAUUCAAUAAAUCAAACAAAUAAAACAUUUGAAGUUGAACGUGUAGAAACAUUUUCAACAAGUACAUCAAAUUCUAAUACAAAAAUAGUACAUAAUGUAUUUCAAGUAAUGAAAACAGCUGGCGAUGCGUAUGACAUGUUAUUUAUUGAAGACCUAAUAGAUUCUGUAAGUCCAUUACUUCGUGCUUUGGUUAUUCGUGAAAAAUAUAUGUUACGUAGUUUCCAAUCAUAUCCAUCAACGGUUAUAAAUUUUUUAACUAGAAUAUUAGAAGAAGAUGAUCUAUCACGACGUACAUCGUUAAAUGUCAAGCGACAUAGUAAUGAAGUACUUGAGCCAUAUUCUGUACCAGCUAUAAAAUUCGAAAAUCCAUUUAGUAGUAAAUUACCUCCACCUAUUGAUGUUCAUGUUAAAGCAGAAAGAGGUAUAUAUCAUGCUUAUACACUUAAUGAAGAAAAACAAUGGAUACCAGCUGAUUAUAAAUCCGUUAAGCGUGAUGAAUUCAUUGACGAUUAUAUCAUUUUAUUAAAACUGAUUAUCGAUGGUCCAUUACAAUCAUUUUGUCAUCGUCGUUUACAAUAUCUUAAGACUAAACAUGAUUUACAUUCUUUACUUAGUGAAGUUAAAGAAUGGGGAGAAGUUCAAUCAACACCAUAUAGAGAUUUUUAUAAUGUUCGAAAAGUUGAUACACACAUUCAUGCAGCAUCAUCAAUGCAUCAAAAAUGUUUAUUAAGUUUUAUAAAGAAAAAAAUGGAAGUAUCAAGUAAUAUGAAAGUUUGUAAGAAAAAGGAUGGAACUACUAUGACAUUAAAAGAAGUUUUUGAUGAAUUAAGAAUUAAUAUUAAUGAUAUAAAUGUAGAUCUACUUGGUGUUCAUGCUGAUCGAAAUACAUUCCAACGUUUCGAUCGUUUUAAUUCAAAAUAUAAUCCUCUUGGUCAAAUUAUGUUACGAGAAAUUUUUAUGAAAACUGAUAAUUAUAUUGAUGGUAUAUUUUUUGCUGAUCUAUUAAAAGAAGUUAUAGCUGAUUUAGAAGUAAAUAAAUAUCAACAUGCUGAACCUCGUUUGUCAAUCUAUGGUAAAAGUAUCGAUGAAUGGGAUAAAUUAGCUAAAUGGUUUAUUACAAAUAAAAUGUAUUCGACUAAUGUUGCUUGGAUGAUACAAGUGCCACGUAUUUAUGAUGUUUAUCAUGCAAAUGGUAUAAUAAAAAAUUUUCAAGCAUUUUUAAACAAUUUAUUUCAACCAUUAUUUGAUGCAACUAUUAAUCCCGAAUCACAUCCAGAUCUAUUUCAGUUUAUGAGUCAUUUUACUGGUUUUGAUUCAGUUGAUGAUGAAUCAAAACCUGAAAAAUUAACAAUGACACAUGAUAUGGCAUAUCCAGAUGAAUGGAAUAUAAAUGAAAAUCCACCUUAUAGUUAUUAUUUAUUUUAUAUGUACGCAAAUAUUCUUACACUUAAUCAACUUCGAAAAACACGUGGUUUAAAUACAUAUCAAUUUCGUCCACAUUGUGGAGAAGCUGGUGCUGUAUCACAUCUUGUUACAGCAUUUAUGGUUGCAGAAAAUAUUUCUCAUGGUUUAGUUUUACGCGAAGUAUUUUAA